AUGUCUUUCUAUGAGAGUACAAUGUAUCACCACACCCUGUCCACGCAGCAUUCCUAUAAAUCCCGGCCGGACGAGAUUCGGGUGCCUCACGUGCCUUCCUUAAACCGUCGAGACUUAGUUGUGAAGCCGUCUUCAAUUCGUGGGGCCGGCCGCGGCGUGUUCACUGGUGCUACCGCUGUUUGCAGAGGUAGCAUCUUAAGUCAGUACAUGGGCUGGUACGAUGACGAGUACGGAAACUUCUCCAGCUAUAAUUUUGGUGGAAUAGCUGGAGAUCCUCGUGUAACAGACAGCAGUCGUGGUGUCGCUCAACUCAGAAAUGACGCAGCAAACAUUCCAUCCAGCGUGCUCAGGUCCAAAGCAGAUCUCCAGAAAGCACUUUUGGAAUACCAGGAAUCGUCGGCGAAAUGCAAUGUUUAUUUGGUGGAACGAUGCGGAGCCUUUGUAGCCGUUGCUGCAACAGACAUUGGACCAGGAACUGAGCUCUUCUUUCAUUAUGGCGAAGAGUAUUGGAUUGGGGAGUUGCACAAACAUGCGUUUAGUUGUCAUGACAUAUGGCUCGUCCGAUGUAUUGAGGACUUGGUGGACCAAGCGGACAGCACAGUUCAGUUGCUGAGACUUGAGUUCGACAAACGUGGCAACCCCAAGCUUCUGCACCAUCGUUCAUCAAAGCAUGCUUCGGAUGACGAUUGUUAUCGGCUGAUCCGGCAUGCGUUCGGUGGGCUGUCGAAGUGGGAGUGCGACGAGAUCAUCGCGUGUGAUUUCGCUGGCGGGAUCUUGAAAGGGUGGCGGUGUGAGUCGCCCUACAGAAGGCUUCUCGUUGAGACCAUUCUGAACACGGCAUGCGUUUACAUCGUCGCAUGUGUUAUGGGCAUCAGGCUUGGCAGGGAUUGCGGCUACGGGGACUGCAAUUCCAAGGAAGCGAUGGAAUGCAAACAUUUCCCAAGUGCAAUAUUCGCGGCCACGCCCUCAAUGAUGCUUCUUCCACAACAACAUGCAGGGGAUCGUGCGCGCCUGGCCGGGCUGUAUUUAGUGCCAGUCGACCCUCAGACGAUGCGAAGCAGUUACACAUGGGAGGAGGUGAACGCGGCAGCCGCUUCCUUCGAAAGGGGUCUCCGCUUCCGCUUCCAUUUUCUGGAAGGCAGUGGCACAUGGCUGUGGAUCGUCAUAGCUCCGUACAUGGAAGUGAGCUACAUGCGUGGCGUAGUGAUUGAGUGGGGAAGCCCACAAACCAAAGAUAUUGUUUUUGGCACCAUGGCACACUUUCCAUGCCGCUCCGGGAUGCGGCGCUCGUUGCCUGUGUGGCUGUUGCUGGCUGUUUCCAGUUGGCGACUCCGAUCCUUGCUGCUUGGCAGAGCAUUUGAUAGGCUAUGCCAUCAAUGUGGAUCCAUUGUCGACAGCUUUUGCUUGACUGUGGCCUUGCAGUGUGGGCAGCGGGCCUGUGUUCGGCGGCCAGAGACGCAGUCGAAGCAGCCUCUGGGACGGCAACUGCGUCAUGUCUCCAUGGUGCCUGAACUGGUGUUGUCGGAGCCCGGACAGGUGGUUGCGCUGAAAAUGCUUGAGGUGUCCACGCUCCCGUUCAUCAAGCCGCGCCGACAAGAACGGCACAGGGCACUGGCACAUUCACCGAUGAGUGGCCCGCCCGACCUUGCCAAACAGUGGCUUUAUGGAGAUGGGCCGGGAGACAACAGUGUCGACCGCUUGGUCCAGGCUGGAAAACCGGCAUUUUCCAGCAUUCAGCGGGCCAAGGACUUGGAAGCAAACGCGCCAGACAUGCAAGUCUACGAGUUUUCGUUGCCCACAUUGGACUUAAUGGGGCUUGGCAAAGCCACGUCGUCCAUCAACCUUUUUGGUGCCAUUCGGAACCUGGAUGGGCCUGAUGCGGAUAAGUAUUUAGACAUCGGAACCUUCGGCAACCCUCGUGCCAGCAUUCGGUUUGCCACCGGAGCAGAGAUCGGGCUGCCUAUGUUCUCACUAAACGUCACCGGAGCACUGAGCAUCGAGGAGGACGCGAUUUCGGAACGGAGGUCCCAAGCAGUGGGCUGGGUGUCCAUCGAAGUGCAGGGUGAGGUGCCGAGCGUGGCAGGAAUUACAUUGCCAGAGGAGGUGCUCCGGGCAGCCGCGAAGGAGGCGUGCCGCCAAACUUGCGCCUACGCCUCCCGGAAACUGGAGGUGGAGCUUUCCGAGGAUUUUGCAUCGUGGCGAGCGGCGCGAGUACGACGGGAGCGAAUGAAGAAGUAA